CAAAAUGUAAACUAAAUGGUAAUUGUGCCGCGUGGUAGCUGGAGAACCAGGAAAAAGGUUGUCUUUGAGGAAGAUAUAUAUAUAUAUCCUCAACAGCCAUCUAGUAAGAACAAUCAUCAUCAUCAUCAAACAAAGGUGUUUGUUUUGAUGGCAGCUAGCAUUAGCUUCGUCAUCCCUUCACCAACCUUACUUAAACCAAAUUUCAGGAUAAGGAAGACCGUAGUGGUCCAUUGCAGUUGUUCACAGCCACAACAACACAAUCAUGACCAACAACAAUCUCCAACUCCAACUCCAACUCCAUUAAGGAAGAAGAAUGAGAAGAAUAAGUUAGGAAAAUUAGCAAUGAUUGCAGUAGCUGCUGGGGUGUUAACGUUUGGAUCAAUAUCAGUAAAUGUUGAUGAUGCAUUAGCUGCCAAAACUGGUGGCAGAAUUGGUGGUCAGUCCUUUAGAUCAUCUGCUCCUCGCCCCUCCUCACCAAGAAUUAACAAUAAUAACAAUUCAAGGACCAACAUAUAUAUAAAUCCACGGGUGGCGCCUCCACUAGGUGGUGGAUAUGGGUACGGUGGUGUGCCAUACUAUGGUGGUGGGUGGGGAUGGUCUCCAUUUUCUUUCUUUGCACCAGGUCCCAGUGUAGCAGUAGGCGUUGGAGGUGGAUUUGAUACUAUACUUCUGUUUAUGUUUUUUGGUGCCGCUGCUGCUGUUGUGAGGAGAUUCUUCGGAUCAAGAAAUGUCGAGGAUGAUGAUGAUGACUACUAGCCUACUAAUGCUAGCUAGCAGUACAAAAAGCUCUUUUAUACUAUAUUGAAGAGAGUGUUGUGUUAUAUAUCUGUUUAUAGGAAUGGAAGAUCAAACAUGUGACCAAUUGAUUUGGUAUUUUGAGCUAUAUAAUCUUAAAGCAUGAGCACUGAUUUCUACUA